AUGACACUCAAAUUGCUUAUGAAUUCGACAUGGGGGUAUUCCAUUAAGAAACCUCAAAAGAUGAAGAGUAAACACUAUGAGAAGGUCGACAACUUUGUUGAAAGGUUUUCUCCUUUUGUUUUGAAGUACGAAUUCACUCAAGGUCAAAGUGGCUUAGUAACCACAUUAAAACCUAUUGUCGAACAUUGGUCUUACCCUCAGUUCGCAAAAGCAGUCCUUGACGAGUACAACAAAUUCUUCUCCGAAGUCAAAUCCAAAGUGAAGGUUUACUAUGAGAACAUUGACGCACUCAUGACGAACGAAGAAGGAUACAACAAACUCAUUGAAAUGGGAAUGGUCGGUGAAAAGAUGGGCUGUUUUAAGCUAGAUAAGGUAUUUUCCGAAGUUCAUGUAAUAUCGAAAAGGAAAUAUUGGGGCAUACUUGAAGACGGCACAGAAAUAAAACAUUGCAUGAAGUAA